AACAACGAUAGACUCCAGAAGAAAUAAAAAAGAUGGAGGCGCAUAAAGCCGACAGGUGGGGCAUACGGCAAUCGCCAUCACCACUACCACCACCAAUCCUAAUUUUGUUUUCUUUGUUAAAACUAGUUGUCGUCUAUAGAAUCCUCGAAACUUAAACCACUUCUUCUCUUUCUUCUUUGUUUUACUUGAUCUUUUUAUGUAAACAAUCUGUCUUGUUUGUUCUUCUUCUUCUUUUUCUUUUCUCUCUGUAGAUAUGUCUGCAAGUGGGUCAGUUUCGACGGUGUCUAGAGAUGAUAAUCUGGUUUCAUCUUCUGAGGAUUCUUCCUGUCCGGAUGAUUCCGACCUCCAGUUGGGCCUUGGUUUAAGUCUUGGUGGGGGUGGGGCUGGUAAUUCUGCGUUUAAGCUUCAACAACAAGCGUCUUUUGGUGCUCAAUAUGCUACGAGUCUCACGGCUAAAAAUUUCCCUUCUUCCUCUUCUUUCUCUUCUUCCUCUUCUUCUUUGGGCAAACCUAGUCAUGCCUCUUGUGCCAAGAGAAGUGCUGAUUCUGUGGCUAAUGCUUACAGCAGUCAAGUAGUAGGAUGGCCUCCUAUUAGGGCAUACAGGAUGAACAACAUAACCAAUCAAGCAAAGUCAGUAGCCACUGAUGAAUACAACUCAAUGAUUGAGAAAAACAAAAGAAAGAAUGGUGUGGUAGAGAAUACUACCAAUGGCAGCAACAAGAACUAUGGUACUGGUAAAACCAAGACUUCCCUGUUUGUGAAGGUGAAUAUGGAUGGAAUUCCAAUUGGAAGGAAGGUUGAUCUGAGUACUCAUAGCUGCUAUGAGACCUUAGCACAGACUCUGGAGGAUAUGUUCCUCAGGCCAACUAUAAAUGUUACUGGAAUAAGCAUACAGGAACAUGACACAAGGGUAGAAGCAACAAGAAGUUUGAAAUUGCUGGAUGGAAUGUCUGACUUUGUGCUUACUUAUGAGGACAAGGAGGGAGAUUGGAUGCUUGUUGGAGAUGUUCCUUGGGGGAUGUUCCUUACCUCUGUGAAGCGGCUUAGAAUCAUGAGGACAUCUGAAGCUACUGGACUUGGUCCAAGGAUACAAGAAAGUAGUGGAAGACAGAGAAACAAGCCCAUCUAAGCUUGUUUUCUUUUUAACCUAAUGAGAUUAAAACUCACACAUUUUAGGAGAUACACAAAAGCGAAAAAAAAAGUGAUACUAAACAAUGCAGUUAUUUUGAGAAAUCGAGAUCAGUCCCCUACAUGUCUUUGUUUGCGGUUGCUGUUUUAUUUUUGUUCAUUCCUCGUUGCAAGUCUCUUGGAAUUCUCACCAUACUUUUUGGAAGCCAAAGCACCUUACUUGUCUAUGUAAUACAUACAUGCACACUUAGGUGAACUCUAUGUUUGAUGCUGUGUAUACUGGAGCACUUCAGGUUUUGUUUUGACGCACCUAAAAAUGAGAUCUGUUUUUCCUUGUUUUUUGGUUUUCUGUUUCUGGGUUAAGCUGUUCCACAUUUGUUUUUCCUCUUAAUCAUCAAAGUAGUAGUUAAACGUUGUAAUGUUGGAAAUAUUUUAUGGCACAAUAAUGGAAUAACAGAGACUUAUCAUCA